AUGAAGACGAAACCCAAAAUGAAUCAAUCAACUUCAGCUAAGAAAUUGAACACUCAAUUACCAUCGGAUUCUUUAAGGAGUAGUCAAAUUAAGGAAGAAAUUCGGGAUGAUUUGACGUCUUGGGACAGCAGAUUUGAAUCGACAGCCAUAGAUUAUCCCUUCUCUAAAUAUAUGAAUCCAAAUAAAUUAACAAAAAAAAAAGGAAUUCCUGAUACAAGUAGAGAGUAGAGUGCAAGACUUAAAAAGUCCAAUACAAAUUCUACUCUCAUAUCUAGUCCUCGUCUGAUGUCCCCCAAGGAACAAGUUGAAGUGAUUCAUUAUCUUGAAUUAAAAAAUAAGACUCUACUUGAAGAAAACAAGCGGAAGGAGCAUCUUAUUGCAAAGCUCUUGAAGAAUAAAUCACCACCGAAAGAAAAUAUUAAAAUAGCUCUACAGUAUCCUCCCAAGUCUGCUGAAUUAUGUUCUCCUGCUACUCGAUUUCCAUAAUUAGCCACUCCGCAACCAAAUGAAUUCUAAGUUCCAAUGUUUUAGAAGAACCCUUAAGUUAAAGUGAUUCAAAACGAUUAAAAUUAUAGUUUUGGAAAAUUGCAAGAUGAAGAACGAGACAACAAGACUAAGUCUUAAUUUGCUAAACUUGUAAAUGGUGGUGGUAAUUAAAAGUCAAUAAUUAAAACUAAUUUUUCAAAGCCUCUCCUUAAAUUACCAAAAGAGUUUCAUCUUCAAUCUUGGAAUUCAAUUAAAAAAUGA